AUUCGAAACGAUCGAUACCUAUCUGAAUCUUCUUCUUCAUUUCCGUUUUCAUUUGGAAGGGGUUUUUGAAUCGAGAAGAGAUGGGUCAGAUCCAGUACUCUGACAAAUACUUUGACGAUACUUUCGAGUACAGGCACGUCGUGCUUCCCCCUGAAGUCGCUAAGCUUCUUCCCAAGAAUCGUCUUCUCUCCGAAAACGAGUGGCGUGCGAUAGGAGUGCAGCAGAGCCGUGGAUGGGUUCAUUACGCGAUUCAUAGGCCUGAGCCACACAUCAUGCUCUUCAGGAGGACUCUCAAUUACCAGCAGCAGCAACAGGAGAAUCAAGCUCAGAACGUGCUCGCUAAGUGAUUCUGUUAUUUCUUUCAAGUUUAUGUUUCUUGUAAACAUGGUCUGUGAUCCCUAAUAACUUUGUGUUCAUGUUAUCUUGGUUGGAGAAAAAACAUGUGAGUGAUAAAAGCUGACUACUUUGAUGUUAUGCAUUGUCUGGUUCAUGGGAUUCUCUUUGUUGGAUAAGUGUGGUAAACUGUUAACUUUUGAUGUUAUGCGAGUCUCCGUUGAACAGGGAUUGUGUCAUGAUUUGUUGUGCUUCUUCUGCUCUUUGUUUACUUAUUGAGUUAGAUAGUCCACUUAAGUAUUCUGUAUUCGUCCAGAUUGACUAGAAUUGUAUAAGAUUGAACAAAGUGGUUUCACU